AUGAACUCUGACAAGAGAAUCAUGAUGGAGGUCAGGAAGAUGGCCACAAAUCUUCCACCUGGCAUCUCAAUAACACAAAAUCCAGAGAAUACACACCAUUUCUUCGUUGUUAUCGAUGGUCCUCCAUCAACUCCAUUUGAAGGCGGCAAGUUUAAGCUUGAGCUCUUCCUCACUGAUAAAUAUCCUAUAGAGCCACCGAAAGCACAUAUGCUUACAAAAAUUUAUCAUCCAAACAUCGAUAAACUUGGUCGAAUCUGCCUAGACAUCCUAAAAACAGAAUGGACACCAGUAAUGAAUAUCGAAACAACUGUUCUUUCCAUCCAAUCAUUAAUGUGCGAGCCUUGCCUCGAAGAUCCAUUAGAAACACAAAUUUGCCAACACUACGUCACAGAUCGCAAAGGAGCUGAAGAAACAGCAAGAGAAUGGACAAAACUUUAUGCAAAGGAUGUUUAA